AUGCCCUUAUAUACAAAGCUCAUGAAGGAGUUAAUUUCCAAGAAAAGAAAUUGGAGGGAGAAAGAAAGCGUGGUGGUUACCAAGGAGUAUAGUGCCAUUAUUCAAAAGAACCUCCCUGAGAAAUUGAAAGAUCCAGGAUGCUUUAUGAUACUUUGCACCAUUGGAGAUGUGACUGUUGAAAGGACUUUGUGUGAUCUUGGAGCUCGUAUCAAUCUCAUGCCAUUAUCCUUAAUGCGCAAGCUUCAAAUUGAAGAGGUAAAACCUACCCAAAUCUCUUUACAACUUGAUGACUGUUCUCUUAAACUUCCUUUAGGCGCUGUUGAGAAUUUACUAGUAAAGUUGGGGACGUUCAUAUUCCCUGCAGAUUUUCUCAUCUUGUAUAUGGAAGAGGAUGGCAAUGCCUCUAUUAUAUUGGGGAGACCUUUCCUUGCUACAGGGAGAGCAUUAAUUGAUGCUAAAAAAGGUGAAUUAACAUUGAGGGUGAAUGAUGAACACAUUGUGCUCAAUGUGUUUAAAGCUCUACAGCAUCCUAAUGAUUACGCAUAUUGCAUGAAAAUUGACAUCAUUGAUCCAUUGGUGCAAGAGACAUUAGAAGAAGAAGAACUUAAUGAAUCACUUACGUCCUCUGUCGAAGUUGAAGUUGGUGAGAUUAAAGAAAGAGCACCACCAAGGAAGCAUCAUACAUUCCUUCAAAGGAUGAGGGACCACUAA